UGCGUACAACAUGACUAUUUUGACAGCCAGCAAAGAUUUGUUUUCUUCAGUAGUUUUUUCACGAUAUUUCUGUAUAGUUUUGUAAAUGAAAUAUAAAUUGAAGUAUUGAAGAAGGGUUUACGAUUUCUAUGAAAUAAAAGGAAAAAAGAUGCCGAAAUAUUAUUGCGAUUAUUGUGACACAUAUUUAACACACGAUUCUCCAUCUGUGCGAAAAACACAUUGCACUGGACGAAAGCAUAGAGACAACGUUAAAUUCUACUAUCAGAAAUGGAUGGAAGAGCAGGCGCAACAUUUGAUCGAUGCUACCACAGCCGCAUUUAAAGCUGGUAAGAUUACACAAAAUCCGGGCGUUGCGUUACCGCCUCCAAACAUGGCACCACCUCCGCGUCCAGGCCUAAUGCCGGGUGCACCAGGCAUGCCGCCCAUGAUGAUGGGUCCACAUGGAGCUAUGCCACCCCCAAUGAUGGGUAUGCGACCCCCGCCAAUUAUGGGACCAAUGGGGCCAAUGAUGGGACCACCACCGCCCUUGGGAGCUUUAGGUGUUCGGCCUCCUAUGAUGAAUGGCCCUCCGCCAAAUAAAUAACAAACUACUUUAAGCAAAAGAAGAUAAGAGAGUAAUAUAAAAGAAACUUUAUAAAAAUUUGUCUAAACAUUAUACUUUCCAAAAUAAAGAAUCUAAUUUAAUUUCAACUGUAA